CCCCCACCCAGGGGGGAGGAGGGGGGUUGCGUUUCCCCACUAAACAGAAGCGGUCGCCUCUUCUACUCCACGCUCGCUCUUCCACCUCCUCCUCCUCGAAUUCGAGUCAUAGCGCGCCCUGCCCGCACGAAGCCCCAUCGCGACAUGGCGAGGACGUGCCUCUUUGUCUCCGCUGUUGUCUCCUCCAUUGCCCUGCUUCUACGUUGCCCCGAGUGUUUUACAACAGCCAGCACUGGAGCGAGUGAGCGCGAGCUGCAGGAGGUGAUGAGUGCGCUGUGGGACGCGGAUGUGAACCGCCUCAAGCCAGGGAGAGACUACGCCAUCGACCUCCAGGGACGCGCAGGCUAUGUGCCCACGGGGAGUAACUCUGCCAGGGACUGCGCUGUAAGGCCGCUUUUCAAAUUCGUGGACGAGGGACGCUUGCACGGCAUCGAGACGUUCAGACUGUUCCUGUCACUGCUGGACAACUACGAGUCGUCCACGGGCAUCGCGGAGACGGUGACGGCGGAGGAGGAGGCUGAGAACCGGCACUUCCUGGAUGCAGUCACGCAGACCGGCGUCAUGCAGAUUGCGCACAAGUUCCUGGCGGAGAGGGGUCUCGCUGACCGUAGCCCCGAGGGGUUCAAGCGGCAGCUCUACUCCAUCUGGUUCCAGCUCUACUCUCGCGAUAACUACCGCGGGGACUCGUCAGGCUUCGAGCACGUGUUCGUGGGGGAGACACGGCGUGGUGCCAACAUCCUGGGCUUCCACAACUGGGUGCAGUUCUACCUGCAGGAGAAACACGGCCACGUGGACUACAAAGGAUACAAGGCCCAACGCAGCAGCCGGCCGGAUGACCAGGACCACCUGUUGACGCUGCAGUUCAGCUGGAAGGGGGUGGUGAAGCCCAUGGGCAGCUCGUUCAUCGGCGUGUCGCCAGAGUUUGAGAUGGCGGUCUACACGGUGUGCUUCCUGCUGUCGCGCGAGCGCUCCUCCACCUACGCCAUGCGCCUCGACGAGUACAGUGUGCGCCUCGAGUGCCAUCGCCAGGGCAACCGCAUCGGCAGCUCCUACCCGGUGCUGCUCGCCAGCAACCUGGCCUAACGGCCUAGCAUAGCGGCCUGGCGGCGGGCAGAGACAUGGAAUCCGGGCACGCAUUAUUAUUUUUGUUAUUAUAAUCUCUAUGCUUGUUUACCCAGGAAAGUCUUGCUGAAUCUGAAGAAUGUUUUUUCAGGAGGGCCCUGCCAAGUUUUCUGCAUAGGUGGCGAUGUUGGUAUGUGCAAUCCUAAUUGAGUAAUUUGAAAGGAAGUUUUUUUUAGCAUUGGGAUGUUUGGCCAUUACCUGUUACAUUGAGAACCCAAAGGAAACCAAUGCAGAACAGAAGAAGAUACAGAGUCCACGCAGAAAAGUGCUCGAGUUGGAAAUCAAACCCAGGCCCUUCUUGCUGUGAGGAACAAGUGUUACCACUGCGCCACCACCCUAUCAACCGGUGCGUCUUCAGGUCGUACCGCGUCUUGGUCGGCACAAUGUCCGUUUCAUUUCACGUUCUGGGAGCUUCAGAGCUUUAGUUCUGUUUCCGAGGAAGGUCUCGGCAUGUGCUGCGAAACGUCAGACAUGCCGAACAACAUGCGAUACAA